AUGUCUGCUCAAUUCACCACUGCCUUCCCCGUUCCCGCCGGCCGCCGCGCCGCUACCUCUCUCUCCCUUGACCAGAUCGUCAACCUCAUCCACGCCAACGGCUCUGGCAAGGGUAAGAUGAUGACCAGCGUCGAUGCCAUCACUAUUGGCGUCAACCGCCUGGCUGUCGCUGAGGCUGAGGUCAAGCCCAUCGAGGAGUUGAACAAGGUCGAGCUCGUCAAGCUCAUGUCGACCAAGUCCAACGAGAUCUUCCGUGGUCUGGACGACCAGACCAAGGGCAUGCUCGUCAACAAGAUGACCUUGCUCCGCACCCUCUCCCAGGAUAUCAAGCGGGAGGAGAUCAUCAACCCCCCGGCCAUCCUGACCGAGCCCUUUGGCAAGUUUGACCCUGCCAUCUUCCUCAGCGGCGAUUAUCGCAACUUGCCCGUGGUCGACAUCAAGCUCCUCCGCAACCUCGCUCGGGUCUCUGACGACCUCCCUGACCCGCUGGCUCUGAACAUUCUGUUCCACGCGGUCACCUUCCUCAAGCGCGCUGCCGAUCAGGACAUCAUGAUGACCGACGGCGAUGAGCCCGCGGGCCUCCCCAGUGAGCUGCGAACUGUCAUCCGUCGCUACAUCACUCUCGAGCGCCUCCGGAUUGGCGAGGAGAAGGGCACUGGCCUCCCUGAGCUCGACGAGGACGAGCUGACCGUCUUGCCUCCCCCUGUUGCCGCGACCACCGAGCUCAAGACUCGUGCCCGCGCCCGCGCUGGUGGCCGUGACCGCGCAGCUGGCCGUGUCAUUCGCCGUGGCAUCCACCGCCACAUGACCGAGGGCAUCAGCAAAUACGAGAUGAUGCUGGCCGAAGACCCCACCGUCGUCCGUCCUCGUCCCCGCCGCCCCUUGCCUCCCAGCGUCGCUCGCCUCCUGGCCAAGAAGAAGGGCCUGAAGAUCUCGGCUGCCGCUGCCAACGCCGCCUCGUUUUCUUCCGGUCUCCCCUCCCCGCCUGUCUCGCCUCUCGCAAAGCAGUAUGGGAUGACGGCCGUCGACAUCGAGUACGCCACCGUUGGCACGCCGCCCACCGAGAACCACCACCUCGGUGUCGUCUCCAUCUCUGACUCCCUCAUGGAGUAG